AUUCUACAUUUUUAUGUUUAAAGGAAUGAAAAUGAAAAUUUAUUUGUUUUAUUUCUUCUUAUAGCCUGACAACUGACCAUGACAAACCUUAUGUCCUCUAACACUGCCUAAUGACGACGGGAGGGUGACUAAGAUUCAUCAUUUUCAUUAGUAAAAUGCCAUGAUCUUUUCAACGUAAAAUCUACGCAUUUCAAAUCAUUUGUGUUAGUGUAUUCUGGUGAUUUUACUGAUAACAUCAUAUGCUAAAGCAUCAGGCUUCGAAGGUUUUCAUGUCGACCAUCAAGAAGGACAUGAUGAGGGUGAUGAGCAUCAUGACUUGAGUGGACAUGGUGGUGAUGGAUUUGGAGAUGGCGACCAUAAUGGAUUCGAACAUCAUGGCAGUGAAGGCGAUUUUAAAGGUGAUGAAUUUAAAGGAGACGAUCAUCAUUGGGGACCUGCUAAAUAUCAUCAUGGUGGAGUGCAUGAAAUAGAAAAUCAUGGAACACCACAUCACGUACACACAAUUCAUCAUCAUCACAUUAAAAAAUACACAGUGGUGAAGAAAAUUGAAGUCCCAGUGAUUAAAGAAGUCAAAGUUCCGUACAAAGUUUAUGUUAUUAAAAAAGUUCCUUAUAAGUACUACGUGAAACCGCUUGUAGUCAAAGUUCCUAUUGAAUAUUACAACACGAAAGAGGAAGAACACAAGCAUGAAGAUCAUCACGAAGAAGAGAGUCAUGAACAUGACACUCAUGAAGAAAAGCAUGGAGUUGGGGAUCACCAUCAUCAUAAAUGAACAGAAGAAAUCGUUUCACGCCAAAUAAGUCUACAAAAAAUUGAUUUCGAAGGACUGAUUACUAUUAGAUGUAUAAUGCCAAAAAGGCUAAAUAAAAGCAUGGCAAAAGCGUCGGUGAUUUGCUUUUAAUCUCAUUCAAAGC